UCAGAGCUCCAGUUCAGUUGCAGUUGACCCUGCCUCCGUGAUGGAGGGACAGAAUCAAGACCAGCUGUGACGUUAACAGAGGGGCUGAGACCGAGGCUGAGACGAGGCUGAGAGACACAGCGCCUGCUGUGAGCUGAGCAGGUCUACCCACAACUCCACAAUGGCCCCCGGGUCUGUGCUCGAGACCAUUCGAUCAGUGCUACAGAGGACUAUGGUGCGAGAGUUCCUGGCAGAGUUCCUGAGUACCUAUGUCAUGAUGGUGUUUGGCCUUGGUUCCGUGGCUCAUAUGGUUCUUGGAGAAAAGCUUGGCAGCUAUCUCGGUGUCAACUUGGGCUUUGGCUUUGGAGUGACCAUGGGAAUACACGUGGCAGGCGGCAUCUCUGGGGCCCACAUGAACGCCGCGGUAACUUUCACCAAUUGUGCACUAGGCAGAAUGGCCUGGAAGAAGUUUCCUGUGUAUGUGCUGGGUCAGUUCCUGGGCUCCUUCUCGGCUGCAGCCACCACCUACUUAAUUUUCUACGGUGCCAUUAACCACUUUGCAGGCGGAAACCUGUUGGUGACAGGUUCCAAGUCCACUGCAAACAUUUUUGCCACCUAUCUUCCUGAACACAUGACGCUGUGGCGGGGCUUCCUGGAUGAGGCAUUCGUGACUGGAAUGCUCCAACUGUGUAUCUUCGCCAUCACGGACAAGAAGAACAGUCCAGCACUUCAAGGGACCGAGCCCCUCGUGAUAGGCAUCCUUGUUGCCGCUCUCGGGAUUUCCCUAGGCAUGAACUCAGGCUAUGCAAUCAACCCAUCCCGUGACCUGCCUCCCCGCUUCUUCACAUUCAUUGCUGGAUGGGGCAAACAAGUGUUCAGAGCUGGGAACAACUGGUGGUGGGUGCCGGUAGUGGCACCCCUUCUGGGCUCCUACCUAGGCGGCAUUGUAUACCUGUGCUUAAUUCACCCCGGCGUGCCACAGGUUCCUCAAAGACUGGAGAAUUACACAGCAAGAAACCAGAAGAUGACUGCAUCACCCAACGAUGGUUCUGCGCCCAUAAGUGGUUCUGUGCCUCUAGAGCGCUUCUAAGUAGAGCUUAUGUGUGACCACAGCCCUACUGCAAUAAAGCACACCUCACACCCGUGGCACCCACUCCUAGGGACCUCCUGCACCCGGACUCCCUCCUAGGUUCUUCUGGGAGCUUCUGAGUUAUUCUAGCCUGGUACUUGUUAUGUAGAGCAGGCUGGCCUUGAACUUGUGGUGAUCUUCCUGCCUCUUUCUUCUGAGUGUUGGGGAUACGGGCAUUUACCACCCUGCCUGGCAGAUUCUAGGGUCCUUCUGGGCUCUUAAUACUAGAGCAUAAGGUCAAAAGACUCCCAUCUUUCUCCAGCUCUAGGAGGUGGGGUCUCAAGGGGGGAAUAUCUACUUUGGGGGCUCAGGGUGAGUGAUAUAAAGGACAUCAGACAGACUGGAGGACUUUCAUGUGUCAGUGUGUGUGCUGGGGGAACAGUGAGAGAAAGACCAGAUGGGGGACCAGAAGUCGAGGCUAAGAGUUUACAUCAGAAUUUCUCAACUUUUGUUUUUUUUUUGGUCAGUGCCUUCCUCAGUGGCUUUUUAGGUCUCCACCCAUGUUUUCCUUAAAACAGGGUAUUACGUAGUCCAGGCUAGCCUUGACUGGAAUUCUAUUUAACCAAGUCUAGCCAUGAACUCUCGAUCCUCUGGUCUCCACCUCCCGAGUUCUGGGACUGCAAGUGUGUACAGCCAUUCCCAAUUUAUUAUGUGGCGCUGGGGAGCAAACCCAGGGCCUUGUGCAUGCUGGGUAAUAUCUAUAACUAACUUAAAUCCCCG